UACUGGAGUUUGAACUUAGGCCUUACACUUGGCAGGCAGGUGUUCCCAUCUGCUUUUGCUUUCAUUAUUUUUGAGUAGGAUCUUGCAUUUAUGUCUGGGCCUAUUUAGACUUCUCACAUAACUAGGAUGAUAGGUAUGUACCACCAUGCCCAGCUUUUUAUUAGUUGAGAUGGAGUCUCUCAAUUUUUUUUGCCUGGGGUGGCCUCAAACUAUGAUCUACCUGAUUUCUGCUUCCCAAGUAUUUUGGAUUAUAGGCAUGAACUGCACCUGACCCAAGUUGUGUUAUGAGAACCUGAAAUUGACUACAACUUAAAUUUUUCUCAUAAAAUUACUAUUUGGUAUAUGCUAAAUUAGGCAGAUUGCUAAGUGAGCCCCUUUUCUAAGUGGACUAAAUUGGAAAGGCGUGCAAAAGCUUGGAAUAUGGGGCUAGACAUUUUUGUCCAGUUCACAGUCUGCAUAACCAUAUGUAGUAGGCCCUGCUGCUAGAUGGAGAUCUCUUCCUAAAUUCACUUUCUUUAAAAGUAGCGUUUUAGUUUCUUGCCUUAGGAGAAAUACCUAGCCAGUAUUGGCAAUGUGAUGGCAAGGUGGCACAGCCAUUUCACUCAUGCAUUUGAUAAAAGACCAGUGCCUACCAUUUGCCAAACAUUGUCAAUACCAGUGGACAAAAUCCUGCCGUUAUGGAGAUAAUGUUUUAGAGGAUCGAUAAAUUAAGUAUAAUUGAAUGGUAAAUUAGGAUUAGGAUUUAAAAUACUUAAGAAAAAUAGCUCUGGAAAUGAAAAUAAAUACUGGGGGCAGUUUUAAAUUAGAGUAGUAAGGGAAGGCCUCCCUGACAAGGUAACAUUUGAGCAAAUGCCUCAGGGAGGUGAGAGAUCUCAGUCAUAUAUGGAUUUUGGAGGUAGAAGGAACAGUAAGCUCAAAGGCCUUGAGACAGGUAUACCUAGCAGUGUGUAUGAUCUGAAGAGGACUAGAGGAGAUUAAGCAACAAGGAAUCAGACCAUCAGGAGCCCUUAAGUCAUGCCCAAGAAACAUCAGGAAAGACAGCCUGACAUAGGGAACUGAGGACUGCUAUUCAGAGAGAACUACAAAGCAUCCUCAGUACAGUAGAAACCCUAAUCCAAAGUUCCUAUUCUUUUAUCAGAGUGUGCAACAGAGGAACAUGGCUCAAGAAACUAAUCACAGCCAAGUGCCUAUGCUUUGUUCUACUGGCUGCGGAUUUUAUGGAAACCCUCGUACAAAUGGCAUGUGUUCAGUAUGCUAUAAAGAACACCUUCAGAGACAGAAUAGUAGUAAUGGUAGAAUAAGCCCACCUGCAACUUCUGUCAGUAGUCUGUCUGAAUCUUUACCAGUUCAGUGCACAGAUGGCAGUGUCCCAGAAGCUCAGUCAGCAUUAGACUCUACAUCUUCAUCUAUGCAGCCAAGCCCUGUAUCAAAUCAGUCACUUUUAUCAGAAUCUGUAGCAUCUUCCCAAGUGGACAGUACAUCUGUGGACAAAGCAGUACCUGAAACAGAAGAUCUGCAAGGACCCAGAGCAGAGGGCCUUGUUCCUCUUGAAUGUGAUCCUCCAUCUUCAGUAUCAGAUACAGCACAGCAGCCAUCUGAAGAGCAAAACAAGUCUCUUGAGAAACCAAAACAAAAAAAGAAUCGCUGUUUCAUGUGCAGGAAGAAAGUGGGACUUACCGGGUUUGAAUGCCGAUGUGGAAAUGUUUACUGUGGUGUACACCGUUACUCAGAUGUACACAAUUGCUCUUACAAUUAUAAAGCUGAUGCUGCUGAGAAAAUCAGAAAAGAAAAUCCAGUAGUUGUUGGUGAAAAGAUCCAGAAGAUUUGAACUCCUGCUGGAAUACAAAAUCCUUUGACCAUCUGCAAACUAAAAAUUGACUUGAGGUUUUUUUUCCUAGUCAUUGGGAAUGUAGAGCAAUGUAUCUUGCAUAGACCUUUAAAUCAUGCAUGUCAUCAGAAGAAUAGAUUUUUGUUUUUGUUUUGAAAAUGACUCUUGAACAUUUAUUUCCAUUGCAGUUUCUGUGGCUGAAAAGACUUAAACUUUACAAGUAUUAUCCUUUUAAGAUCAUUUUAAUUUUAGUUGAGUGCAGAGGGCUUUUAUAACAAACAUGGAGAAAUUUUGGAGGGUGGUGAUUUUUCCAGUAUUAAACAUGCAUGCGUUAAUCUUGCAGUUUAUUUUCUCAUUGUGUAUGUAUAUAUAGCUUUUUUCUGCAGCACGAUUCCUCUUUUGAUAAUGCCCUUUUGGGUACAGCUAGUUUAUCAGUAACUGAAUGUAUCUUAAUCAUUAUGGCUGCUUCUGUUUUUUCAUUAACAAAGGUUAUACAUAUGUUAGCAUAGAGUUUCUUUGCACCCACUAUUUAUGUCUGAAUCAUUUGUCACAAGAGAGUAUGUGCUGAUGAGAUUCUAAGUUUGUGUGUUUUUGAUUUUUUUUUUUUUUGAGUGAGGGAAGAAAAAGCUGAAUGCAUUUCACUGCUGACUGCAAGUUUCUUUCAGAUUACGUUCAUUGGUCUGUGUGUAUACAAUAUGAAGAAUGAUCUGAAGUAAUUGUGCUGUAUUUAUGUUUAUCCACCAGUCUUUGAUUAAAUAAAAAGGAAAAC